AUGGGAGAGCCCGACGCAACCGUUCCGCACCGCAAACGGGUGCGGGACGGGCGGGGCGAGAUGCAGUGGGUGGGACGGGCGCUGGGUGGACAGAAGUCCACCAGCGAGCUCGGACCGCGACCGUUUCACGGGAAACGGUUGCGCUGGACUCUCCCAGCAUGGGAGAGCCGACGCACCGUUCCGCACCGCAAACGGGCGCGGGACGGGCGGUUGAGGUCGAGUAGGUGGGCGGGUGCUGGGUGGACAGAAGUCCACCCAGCGAGCUCAGACCCGCGACCGUUUCACGGGAAACGGUCGCGCUGGGCUCUCCCAGCAUGGGAGAGCCCGACGCAACCGUUCCGCACCGCAAACGGGCGCGGGACGGGCGGCGCGAGGUCGAGUAGGUGGGGCUGGGCGCUGGGUGGACAGAAGUCCACCCAGCGAGCUCAGACCCGCGACCGUUUCACGGGAAACGGUCGCGCUGGGCUCUCCCAGCAUGGGAGAGCCCGACGCAACCGUUCCGCACCGCAAACGGGCGCGGGACGGGCGGGGCGAGAUGCAGUGGGUGGGACUGGGCGCUGGGUGGACAGAAGUCCACCCAGCGUGCUCGGACCCGCGACCGUUUCACGGGAAACGGUUGUGCUGGACUCUCCCAGCAUGGGAGAGUCCGACGCACCCGUUCCGCACCGCAAACGGGCGCGGGACGGGCGUGUCGAGGUCGAGUAG